ACGUCGUUACGUUUAGGGACGGUCAGUUGCCAGAGAAAAAAACAGCCGCUUCCGUGUUGUUCUUGUGUUAUUCUGGCAAAUAACUAUCGUUAGCAAAGCCGAAGCUCGUCUGACAGCCUCGCAGGAGUUUGACUGUCAUGAUUUAGUGAAGCUGACAAACAGUUUCAGCUUUUUCCACCCGACAUGUCGCUUCUGCAGAGCUCCAAGAAAAAGGACAAGCGUAUUUUGUCUGGUACCUGCCCAGACCCGAAAUGUCAGGCGAGGCUAUUCUUCCCUGCUUACGGCUCCAUUAGCAUCGAGUGCACGGAGUGUGGGCAACGCCACGAACAGAAGAACCUGCUAAACGUCGAAGAAGUGACUGACCCAGAUGUUGUGCUUCACAAUCUGCUCAGAAACGCCCUGCUCGGCGUCACCGGGGCCCCCAAGAAAGGGACGGAGCUGGUGAAAGUAAUGGGGCUCUCUAAUUACCACUGCAAGCUUCUGUCCCCGGUCCUCACCAGGUACGGCAUGGAUAAACAAACCGGCAAAGCCAAGCUGCUGAGGGACAUGAACCAAGGUGAGAUGUUUGACUGCUCUCUCUUGGGUGACAGAGCUUUUCUGAUCGAGCCGGACCAUGUUUCCACCGUGGGCUACGGCAAGGACAGGUCAGGAAGUCUCAUAUACCUCCAUGACACUCUGGAGGAGGUCAAGAAAGCCAACGGCAACAGGGAAUGUCUCAUCCCAGUCCAUGUGGAUGGAGACGGGCACUGCCUGGUCCAUGCUGUGUCCAGGGCGCUUGUGGGCAGAGAACUGUUCUGGCACGCCCUGAGAGAGAAUCUGAAACAGAACUUCAAGCAGAACCUGGACCGCUACAAGGCCCUCUUUCAGGAUUUCAUAGAUGCUGCAGAGUGGGAGGACAUCAUCAAUGAGUGUGACCCCCUGUUCAUCCCACCCGAAGGUGUGCCACUUGGGCUUCGCAACAUCCACAUUUUUGGCUUAGCCAACGUCCUCCACCGACCCAUAAUCCUGCUGGACUCCCUGAGUGGAAUGAGGAGCUCUGGGGAUUAUUCAGCCACCUUCCUGCCCGGGCUGGUGCCCGAGGAGCAGUGCAGAGGGAAAGACGGGAAGCUCAACAAACCCAUCUGCAUCGCCUGGAGCAGCUCUGGCAGGAACCACUACAUUCCUCUGGUGGGAAUCAAGAACACUGUGCUGCCCAAGCUGCCACCCCGCCUGCUGCCAAAGGCCUGGGGCGUCCCUCAGGAGCUCAUCAGGAAGUACAUCAAGCUGGAGCCAGAUGGGAGUUGCGUGAUUGGUGGCGACCGCAGUUUGCAGGACAAAUAUCUCAUGCGGCUGGUCAACGCCAUGGAGGAAGUGUUCAUGGAGAAGCACAGCAUCCAUCCGUCGCUGGUGGCCGAUGUGCACCAGUAUGUCUACAGACGGACCGGCGUGAUUGGCAUCCAGCCUGAGGAGGUGACAGAGGCAGCGAAGAAGUCCGUGAUGGAGAACCGGCUGCACCGCUGCCUGAUCUGCAGUGCUCUCUCUGAGCUCCAUGUCCCACAGGAAUGGCUGGUCCCUGGUGGGAAACUAUACAGCUUGGCCAAAUCCACUCAUGGCCAGCUGCGGCCGGACAAGAACUACAGCUUCCCCCUCAACAACAUAGUCUGCUCUUAUGAGCCGCAGAGAGACGUCCUGGUCCCAGAUUAUAAACUGAGCUCUCUCAACACCUGCAAUUGGUGUCACGGCACAUCGGUUCGCCAUGUCCAUGGCAACGGGUCGGUGGUUUACCUGGACGGAGACAGAACCAACACUCGCUCUCAGGGUGGGAAGUGUGGGUGUGGCUUCAAACAUUUCUGGGAGGGGAAGGAGUAUGACAACCUUCCUGAGGCCUUUCCCAUCACGCUGGAGUGGGCGGGGAGGGUGGUGAGGGAGACGGUCUAUUGGUUCCAGUAUGAGACUGACCCGACUCUGAACAGCAAUGUGUACGAUGUGGCCAUGAAGUUGGUCACCAAGCAUUUCCCCGGGGAGUUUGGCAGCGAGAUCCUGGUGCAAAAAGUAGUGAACACCAUCCUGCAUCACACCGCCAAGAAGAAUCCGGAUGAAUACAACCCAGUGUCUAUUGACGGAGCUCAUGUCCAGCGUCUCACCGACACCACCGAGACUCAGCAGGUGGCGGACCCCCAGCCGCCCACUAAGAUCAUCCUGACCGGUCAGAAAGCAAAGACGCUUCACAAAGAGGAGCUGACGAUGAGCCGAGCCGAGCGCAGCAUCCAGCAGAGCAUCAGCGAGCAGGCCUUCGUCACUCAGAAGCGACGAACUGACAAGUUGAAGCAGGAGCAGAAAGGCCACGGCCGGACGUCUUCCCCCAGCGGUUCGCCGGAAACUUCCUCCUCUUCAGCGCCGGCCACGCCCACCAAAUCAUCCUCCCCCUCCUCGUCCAAUAAGGAGAAGAAGAUCCGUGUGACCACCAGCGACGGCAGGCAGGCCAUGUUGACCCUGCAGGCCCAAACCACCUUCUCAGAGCUGCAGAGGAGCAUCACCAACCAGUUUGGCGUGCCGCCGGCACAGCAGUGUAUCCGCUACGGCUUCCCGCCCAAGGAGCUGGCCCCCCCGAAGGACGGCGAGGAGAACGAGCCGGUGGUGCUGCAGCACGGUGACAGGGUGACCGUGGAGAUACUGAGGGGCCCCGGGGACAAGAGCUCCGCAUCCUCCAUACCCCGAGCCUCCAGCUCGCACUCGGCCCUGCACUCAGUGAAGAGCGAGGACGUGGUGACGUCUGGCAGGACGAGCAGCCGGGAACUCCAGGACAGCAUCGACCUUGAGAUGUCCUCCCUCUGUCUCCUAGCAACCUUGAUGGGUGAGGACGUUUGGUCGUACGCAAAGAAGCUGCCGCACUUAUUCCAACAGGGUGGCGUCUUCUACAACAUAGUGAAGAAAGACAUGGGCCUGAUGGACGGGAAGCACUGCACGCUGCCUCACCUGACCGGGAAAACGUUUGUGUACAACGCCGCAGAGGAGCGUCUGGAGCUCUGCGUGGACGCUGCUGGACACUUCCCCGUUGGCCCUGACGUGGAGGAGCUGGUGAAGGAAGCUCUGGUCCAGCUGCGCUCGGAGGCGGCCACCAGGGGCAGCAGAGAGGGGAGUCCGUCCCACGGCGUUCUGCGGCUGGGCAGCGGUGGCGUCGUACGCAAGAAGGAGCAGCUGCAGAGCGUCACCGCCUUCCAGGGUAAAGGCCACUCUCUGGGCAGCGCCGGGGGGUCUUCCCCUCCAGAACACCGGCCCAUCACACGCCAGCACAGUAGUGGCGUGGACCUGAGCGCCAGCGUGUCCCGAGGCCCCCCAGACCUGUCGGACAUCCCCGAGGACGCCACCAGGGAAUUGGUCCGCAUGGCUCCGGGCUUCGUCACCAUGAAGGACGGUCGAGGUCUGGACCCCAGCCUGAUGGAGCAGCAGCGGAGGAAGCUGCAGGAGAUGGUGUCCUCCAUCCAGGCCUCCAUGGAGCGCCACCUCAGAGAGCAGCAGAGCGCCGCUGCCGCUGCAGGCGGCGGGGCCGGCCAGGAGAGGACAGCAGAGACCAAGACAGGCUCAGGCCAGCCAGGGUCUAUGGUUGACCACGAAUCUCCAGCUGCGGCAAGCACAGCGGCAGACGAAAAACCGGACAGGAAGUCGGAGGACGUGGAGGAGAUGGAGAGUCAGGACGCUGAGCAGAGCAGCGCCACCGAGCCCAUGGAUCACUCCUGAUCCCUCCUGACCCCCCAGCACCUCCCCGUCCUCUCCCCCGCCUCGCCUCGCCUCGCUGGCACCUUUGGGUCAUAACGCCUCAGGUCGGAUCCUACAGCUUUGGUCUUCAUCGUGUUUCGUUGUCUUCUACUGCAUGACUAAAAGGCGAGCCGAGCGUCCUCUCCUGUGGGGGGACUCGCAGUGGGACCAUAAUCCAUGAAACCACAUGUUGUGACACACAGUCACACCGAUGCCACAGUUCUGCUACAGCACUGAGGCGGCGUGUGCGUGGACACUCCACACACACACACACACACACUCUGUGACGCUUCACUACACAGUAAAUCAUAAUAAACACCACACAUGUUUGAUUCCUG